AGCACAGAACUCUUUUUUCUUUGGAGGUAAAUCUUUCUUUGACUGUCGGCCUGCAAAAACGCCAUGUGGAGCGAGGAGUUUAAUCCAGAGACAUACUAUCCGGCCUAUCCUCCUGGUGAAUAUGAGCACACAGGAGAUCCCAGGCAGGACCUAGAAUAUGAGCGACAGUACCAGGCACAAACCUACAUCAUCCCAGAUGUCAUCAAGAGCUUUUUUGAAUAUUUUCAUAAAAGUGUCCAUGAACAGAACAUAUUUGAAAUACAAAAUGCAUAUGAGAAUGGGUUCAACAAGCUUACAGACAAGUUUUUUAAGACAUCCCCAUGGCCUGAUGCAGAAGUGGUUGCACCAAUAGUUGGAAAUGAUACCAUCUUCCUGAUCUUGUACAAAGAACUCUACUAUAGACACAUAUAUGCCAGGGUUCAGAAUGGACCAUCCCUGGAACAAAGAUUUGAAUCCUAUUACAACUACUGUAAUUUAUUUAACUACAUCUUGAAUGCGGAGGGCCCAGUUCCGCUGGAGUUGCCAAACCAGUGGCUUUGGGAUAUCAUAGAUGAGUUCAUCUACCAGUUCCAAUGUUUCAGCAUCUACCGCUGUAAAGUCAGCAAAAAGUCGGAGGAAGAAAUCGCCUAUCUCCGAGCAAAUCCCAAGAUCUGGAAUGUACACAGUGUGCUGAAUGUUCUGCACUCUUUGGUUGAGAAGUCGAGCAUCAACCGACAGCUGGAGGUCUACACCAGUGGAGGUGACCCUGAUAGUGUGGCAGGGGAGUUUGGACAACACUCCCUGUAUAAAAUGCUGGGCUACUUCAGUCUCAUCGGUCUGCUGAGGCUGCAUUCUCUUCUGGGCGACUACUACCAGGCUCUCAAGUGUCUCGAGUGCAUCGACUUCAACAAGAAGAACAUGUAUUCGCGAGUCCCAGCCUGUCAGAUCACUACUUUCUACUAUGUUGGCUUUGCUUACCUGAUGAUGAGGCGCUACCAGGAUGCCAUUCGUACUUUCUCCAACAUCCUACUGUACAUACAGAGGACAAAGCAGAUGUUCCAGACCAGGGCUCAGCUCUACGAUCAGAUCUCUAAGAUGAAUGACAAGAUGUACACUCUGUUGUCUAUCAGCCUCGUCCUCCACCCUAUGCGGAUUGAUGAAAGUGUCCACUCACAGCUCCGGGAAAAGUUUGCAGACAAAAUGCUGCGCAUGCAAAAAGGAGAUCAGGAAGAGUUCCAACAGAACUUCUCCUUUGCCUGUCCCAAGUUCCUGUCCCCGGUACCACCCAACUACGAUACAAUCGCAGGCAUCAACCACAAGGAGCCGUUCUCGCUUCAACUGAAAGUGUUCCUGGAGGAAGUGAGACAGCAGAUUGUAUUGCCCACCAUAAGGAGCUACCUGAAGCUGUACACCACACUACCAUUGUCUAAACUAGCGAUUUUCAUGGACAUGUCAGAAGAUGAGCUGCGAACUCACUUGAUGUGCUUCAAGCACAAGAUGAAAAACUUGGUGUGGACAAAGGGAACAAGUGGCUUGGAUGGCGAGUUCCAGUCAGCCUCAGAGGUGGACUUUUACAUCGACAAGGACAUGAUUCACAUCGCUGACACUAAAGUCGCUCGUCGUUAUGGAGAUUUCUUCAUCAGACAGAUCCACAAGUUUGAGGAGAUUACGAAGAACUUGAAGCUGGUGAAAUAGGCUGAGGAUAAAGAACCUAUUCCUGAUGGACAACCCAUUUAAGUGCUGAAGUGGACUUACUCUUGUGGUGAUAAUUAUUAGAACCUUUUUACACUUGGAUGAAGACAACACCCAUGAAUAUCUCCAGAUUACAUAGAACUUGCAGCUGGUGAAAUAUAAUAUGGACCGAGUAUAAACAACUCAUUUCUGAUGGACAACGUUAACCAUUUAAGUGAUUAAGUAAAACUAUUUAUUAAAAAAACAAUCAUCAUAACUUUUUUGCUCUGGAUUGUGUUUCCUUAUUGAUGAAGAGAAUGUUUCGACAAAUCAUCUUACUUUUCUAUACCUGGAUAAAGGCUAUAAUCAUGUAUAAACACUUGUAAAAUGACAGAAUCUAUAAAGUACAGUACAUCUCCA